AUGGCUUCUGGAGGAUCUGAGCCAGAGGAUGAUAUGUUGUCAUCUGACAGUGAAACCCUUUCGGAGGGUGCUGACCUUUCUGAGGAAGACAUCAUUUCUGAAAAUUCUGAAGAUUCUGAUGACUUGGAUACUUCUGAAUCUACUACUGAACAAAAGGAGGACGCUUCAGGAACAAAGGAGCUUAUUACCUUUUCUGAUGUAGUAUUCCAGAAUCUCACAAAACAACUCUUAAAGUCAACAUUUGCGAGCUUACUGAAUGACUACGUGGAGUCUGAGUUCUUUGUCAUUGAUGGAGACUCCUUGCUAAUUACUUGUGCUAUGAAUAGUUCCUUGUCACCAGGAGAGAGCUUACACUUGUUUUUCUUGGUAGAACAGUUUUUGUUCAAUUUAACAAGCAGGCAAGGCAGAUAUGUAAUUGUGUUUUUCGAGGACUUUAAGCACUUCUUUUUUCCGUAUCCCCUUUUGAGAUGCUGGCGCACACAGCUUAUACUGCACCUUCAGAAAAAUACCAAUAUUGACGUAUACACAUUUUCAAGCUUUCUGUGUGAAGAGUGGAAAACAUUUCUAAAAAACCAGGCUCCAUACUUCUUCAUGAUUUCUGAUGAAGGAAUGAACAAACAUCAAACUCUUUAUUUAAAUAUGCUAUUACUUCAUGCUCUUGGAAAUCAGAUUGACGUUGUGCUCACUGAUGCACAGGAGUCUGAUCACCUCAGAGUCUACGGAUACUACAUGAAAUCAAAUAUUCUGAAUAAAAAAUUCAUACAAAAGUGGACAACAAUUAAAACCUGGCAGAAGCUCUAA